ACGGCGUCAGCAGCAGCAGCAGCGGCAGCGACUAGCCGGAGCUUUCUGUGCUGUGCGGGGAGGAAUAGGUUGAAACGUGGCGCGGGGAGGAUAAAUAUUAACUAAAUCCGUGUUGUUCGGGGAGGUGGAGCAUGACCGCGGGUGCCCGGCUCGGCUGUGGCGUGGAGUAGUGUGCGGAGGGCUCGGUGCGGGAGACGGGCUGCUGGCUGUGUGCGAGGCUAGCGGACCGGCUAGCUGCAGCAGUAAGUUUGGGUAAAGAAGUGUAGAGGAGGCGGCGGAGGAGGAGGCGAAGGAGGCGGGGGAGAGAAGACGGCGGCGGCCGCGGCGGAGAAGCAACAACAACAGCAGCAGCAGCACCGACACGGACACACUUAUGCGACUGAAAUAAAGGUGAGCGAUGGAUACGCGAGAGUUGUCCGUGGUGGCUGGAAGCUUCAUCGGGUUCCAGCUGUUCUUCUCUGGCGUCAGCCCACUAGUUUCGUCUGCUUUUACUGAGGGCUACGGAAAACUUCCACCUCAUAAGCUCAAUGAGUGGAACUCCAGGCUGGUGUCCACUAUUCACGCACUGAUCGUGGGUCUUUUCUGCGUCUACAUCCUGUGGUUUGAUGAUGCUGUAAAUGAAGACCCUGUCUGGGGAGACCCCAAUCUGGUGAAGCUCAAUGUUGCCAUAACCUGUGGCUACCUACUGUAUGACCUGCUGCUGCUGGCUUGCAACUGGAGCACCAUGGGAGACAGCUUUUUCGUGUGUCACCACUUGGCGGCGCUGUAUGCAUAUGGAUAUGUGCUGACGCGUGGGGUGCUUCCAUAUUUUGCAAACUUCCGUCUCAUUUCAGAAUUAUCAACGCCGUUUGUGAACCAAAGGUGGUUUUUCGAUGUGUUGGCCUACCCUCGAUCUCACCGGCUGGUGGUGGCUAACGGUGUGGCCAUGGCCGUGGCUUUCUUCCUGGUACGGAUCGCCGUGAUGCCUCCCUACUGGGCGAAGGUCUUCGGCACGUUCGGUACGCCGGCCUUUGAGAGGCUGGGGCUGGGGGCUCAGGUGGCUUGGAUAGUUUCCUGCGUGGCGCUGGACAUCCUCAAUGUGGUGUGGAUGUACAAGAUCGCUCGCGGCUGCUACAAAGUCAUCACCGGCAAAUCGUCGGGAGGCAAGAAGAAAGACGGCAAGGUGCAGCAGCAGCAGCCCAACCACGUGAACAACCACACGGACUGACGAGGCAGACGAGGAGAAGACGGAGGGGGAUAGAGGUUCGAACGGAGAGCCAGUGGUGUUACGGACAGCGAGCAGCGAGAGUUUUAGAGAAGAAACGAAGCGUAAUGUAAAGCGUAGUAGAAAGUCUCCCCUGCUGGACUGGGAAGCGGUUGGUUGGUGGUUGUUAAAAACUGCUGCUUGUUGGCAGUCGUGCUCUGAGAGUCAGUCGUCUUCUGAGAUUUCAAACUGAACUGAACUUGAACUACCUUGAGUCUACGAAUCGAAGCAGUCAGUGUUCAAAGUCCUUCAAAGUUCUGCAUUGCUCUGAUCAGCUGCAUGGGAUGGAUGGUGAGCAUCUUACGUCCACGACUCAACGCCAACUCACGUCUACGAAAGCAUGAAAGCAAAAGCGUACAGCGUAUAUUAUGGAGACCCUGCAGCUUCAAGCCUCAGCCAAAAGCGCAAACGUCCACUCAAGUGCCUCAGAAAUACAUGGACAAGCAAUAGAACAGGUGCACGUUAUACAUAUAUCCGUAUAUAUAUAAAUAUAUAUGUAUAUGUGUAUGUAUAAAUAUGAACAACCUGGCCAUUAGAUCUUUUGGAAAUGAAGUUCUCACAGCUCUCCGGUGGUGGAGCUUUUGUUCUCGUUAGUGAUGAUUCGGCAAGACGUGCCACCUUCUGUCCGAGACUGCUUUCAAGAGGUCUUCCUCUCUGUUUCCUGUAAACUACGAACACACACACCACUGUGCCUCUCGCCCACAGGUUUUGGAGCACUUCUCUUCAGGCCUCACUUUAGCAGUGUUUUGGAUGGAGCAUGCUGGAUUUUUUUUUUUUUCUUCUUAAAGCGUCCCUACAACCUUGUGUUUCCAGAGCACCUCCUCCUGUUCGCAUCUCUUAAUCGCUUCUCCACCUCCACUCGAAAAAAAUAAAAAUAAAAAAUCGCGAAUGGCUUACGUCUUAAAACCUGACUCACAAACCCAGUUCACGGCGCUGGUCUGAUCUUCAUCCGUCGCUUACAGAAGAAAAAACUAAUAAAAAUCUCAUCUCUACCUCUCCUCCCUCUUGCUGAGGCUUUCAACAAUCAGCGUGACGGCCUCUUCAGUUCCAGGUACUGAAACAGACCCAGCGGGACAGGAUCUGAGCACCGUCCGAGUCUGUGAGCGUUGGAAAUUGAAAGUGAAAAAAAAAGUGAAAGUAUUACAGCUCAAGCCUCCAUGUGAAUCUACUGUGUCUACUGUCUUCACGCACCGCAGGCGCUCUCUCUCUCUCUCUCUCUCUCUCUCUCUCUCUCAUCAUUCUCCGUGUCUUCAAAUUCUUCACUUUAGCAUUUAGCGGGGUUGUGGUGUAAAGCUGUGAAUGAGAAGCAUCCUGCAGGUGCCUUCUCCAAUGCUACCAGGUGCUGCUCAUUUCACCGUGGAUAUAACGGAUAUAACAGCCUCCAACAGGUGGCAGCAUUGUGCUGGUUUCACCUGUGUGGAUCUGUUAAUCCAAGAUUGUGGUCUUUAAUCGGAGUGGAAGUGAGACGAGGGAGACAGAAGCUUGGUUUAGGUUAGUGUUUUUAGGACAUUAUUUUAGAUCAGAUCACCCCAAUGAAGUUGAUUAGUCAGAGUGGUGGAUCUCCCAAAUGUGGUGAAUCAGAUCAGAAUCAGGUUAACCCAAAUGUUGCUAAACAAAUCAACAAAUUGUGGCAGAUUGGGCAAUCCCAUUUUAGUUAAUCUUAUUAGCCCAUUGUGGCAGAUUGGAUAAACCCAUUGCGGUAGAUUGGAUCAACUCAUUGUGAUAAAUCAGAUUGACCAAUUGUGGCAAAUUGGGUCAUCACAUUGUGGUAGUACUUCUGAUUAUUCCAUUGUGGUGGAUCGGAUCAGCCCAUUGUGGCAGAUUGGAUUGGCUCCUUGUGGUGGAUCAGAUUAGCCCAUUUUUGUAGACCAGAUUAGCCCAUUGCAGUGGAUUGGAUCAGCCCAUUGUGGUGGAUUGGAUUAACCCAUUAAGGUGGAUUUGAUCAGCCCAUUAUAGUAGAUCAGAUUAGCUCAUUGUGGCAGAUCAGAUCAGGUCUUUGUGGUAGAUUGGAUCAGCCCAUUGUGGGAGAUCGAAUCUGCUGAUGGAGGCAGAUUGGGUCAGCCCAUUGUGGCAGAUCAGAUCAGCCAUUUGUUAAAGGUUCGAUCGAGUAUAUCAGAUUUGUCUAUUAUGGUGCAUUAGCCAAUUAUGGCAGAUCAGGUCAGCCCAUUGUAGUAUAUCAGAUUUGUCUAUUAUGGUGCAUUAGCCAAUCAUGGCAGAUCAGAUCAGCCCAUUGUAGUAGAUCAGAUUUGUCUAUUAUGGUGCAUUAGCCCAUUGUGGCAGAUCAGAUUAGCCCAUUGUGAUGGAUAGGAUCAAAAAAUUGUAGUACAUCGGAUUAGCCCAUUGUGGUGGAUUGGAUCAACCCAUUGUAGCUUAUCGAAUCAGCCCAUUUUGGUGGAUCAGAUUAGUAUAUUGUGGUGGAUCAGCCCAUUGUUAAAGAUUGAACCAGCACAUUGUGGUAGAUCAGAUUAGCCAAUUAUGGCACAUUUGGUCAUGAAUGAAUCGGACCAGGCCAUUGUAGUAGAUCAGAUUUGUCUAUUGUGGUGAAUCAGCCUAUUGAAGCUAAUUGGAUUAACCCAUUGUGGCUGAUCAGAUCUACCCAGAAAGGCAUAUUAACAGCAGUUGUUCUGGAUUGGCCCAUUGUGGUGGAUUGACUAGUUUCUAUCACAUCCAAAAGGUGCUGAUUGAUUCCUAGUUUAGCAACAAAACAAAACUAGCUUACUUUAACCCACUACUCCUGAGAUUCUACAAAAAAAAAUCCUCUGAAAGCUUCUGUCUCCCUCUGCUCUUCUUCUUCCACACCGUGCUCCUCCAACACCCGCAACACUUAUUUUAUUUAAUUUUUUUGUCGUUCUUGUUUUCAUAAGAUCACUGAGGUGGCCUCAGAAUGUGUCAUUGUUUUAAAUGUAAGGAACAGAACUUUAGUUUGGGAUAAACAGCUAUGAUUGGUCCUCCGCGGUGCUUCUGUCUCACCAGCCGGCCGGCGCAUCCGAACGGCACGUCGCUCACGGAACUUGAGCCUGGAGUGCACAAACGCAGGCUGCGUCUGUCCUUUAAUCCGAAUGUAUUGUGUACGGAAGCACAGAUAAUCGGUAGUAUUUCCGUGUGUAUAUGCUGAUACCCUCAUUUUAGCGUAUGUUGUUACACUUAAGCAUGAACAACACCGGCUGUGACUCAUAAAACUCUACACCUUCAGCAGCUUGGCUGUGAAAUUGUUGCUGUGUUUGCAGGUUGCAUGAUGUUUAAAUACUAAUGGUACUAAAGGCAAACUGCACACAUCCUCAAAAAUAUAACCCCUUCCUGUCCCCCUCUACCAAAGUAUAUAUAUAUGUAUGAUAUAUAAUAUAUAUAUAUAUAUGAUUCAUUUGGCUUCAAAUAUUGAUCCCUAUGUUAAUAAUUAUUUUAAAAACUUUAAGAAUCUGCGAUGAUUAUGAUUCGCAGGUACUUUAACACACUAACACGUCCCUACUACUGUUCAGCCUGUCGGACUGAAUCUGGGCAAGACUCUGGAUUUGUUGCUGGACCCGAGCCAAAUGUGGCACUUUUUGCCAUUCCUGUGAAUUUGGUACAGAGAAUUACACACAAUUGAGUGCCUGCACUCAACUCAUUAUGUAACGAAUAUACAAUAUGUGGCAUUACAAUAUUGAACUGAUUUUCUUUCACCUACUCGUAAAAAAGGUUGCUCUUUCUCUCUCUCUCUCUCUCUCUCUCUCUCUCUCUCUAUCUCUCUCUUUUAUUUUUUCAAUUUUUUUUUCCUGCCAAGUCGGCCUAUAAGCAUUAAGAGUCGACCCACAUUGGAGCCAGUAUUUUUGUCUCAGAAACCAGGUAGAGCUCCUGAAAAAAACUGAAUGUUUGUUAUUCUUGCCUUUUCCUUUUUUUUAUUGUUUUUUGUUUUAAUAGUAUUUAUGUCCAAAACGUAUAGUGUGUGGUUACACAGCAAAAACAUACAGCUCUGGAAAAAUCUAAAACAUCUGGAAUAUAAUCAAGAGGAAGAUGGAUGAUCACAAGUCAUCAAACCACCAAACUGCUUGCCUCAGGAGUAAAGGAAUAAAGUUAUAAAACGCAGUGUGUAAGACUGGUGGAGGAGAACAUGAUGCCAAGAUGCAUGAAAAAAACUGUGAUUAAAAAAACAGGAUUAUUCCACCAAAUAUUGAUUUCUGAACUCUUAAAUCUUUAUAAAUAUUGAACUCUUUCUUUGCAUUAUUUGAGGUCUGAAAGCUCUACAUCUCCUUUGGUUAUUUCAGCCAUUUCUCAUUUUCUGUAAAUAAAUGCUCUAAAUGAGAAUAUUUUUAUUUGGAAUUUGGGAGAAAUGUUGUCUGUAGUUUAUAGAAUAAAACAACAAUGUUCAUUUUACUCAAACAUAAACCUAUAAAUAGCCAAAUCAGAGAAACUGAUUCAGAAACUGAAGUGCUCUCUUAUUUUUUUUUCAGAGCUGUAUAUCUUAGCAAGUGAAAUCCUUUUAAAUGUAGUCUAAAUAUCUAAGCAUUUUCAUUUUAAGAUUAUUAAAAUAAUAUUAUAUGAGUUAUUCGCUUAUUCCUAACUUCCUUGUACUUGAUCUACUAAUCUACUAAAAGUGUCUUAUUGUAUUGGGUGAUACUUUUGCUUAAAUCAGCAAAUAACUAACAAUUUUGUGUUUUUCAUCAAGAAAUAAUGUUUAAAACAAGCAGAAAUAUGUGCCAAAGGUAUAUAUACCAUAUUUUUCGCAUUAUAAGGCACACUGGAUUAUAAGGAGAAUUAUUUUUAAACUAAAAUGAGCGCUGCAUUUAAACCUACACAGAUUUCUCUCAUGAAAACUUUUGUUUAUCCACAGUAAGCUUAGAUUUCCAGAUUUCCACUAAGGUUAGCCAGACAGCGCUACACAGUAAGCCAGGGAGAUAUUAGCUAGCGGUUUGUCCCAAGUAGCUUGUUUUAACACAAUAUACGGGAAGGCUACAGUCCAAUACACUCACUUCUGAACAGCGAAAGCGCUAACUAGCGCUUAGCUGGGUUAGCGGGUAAUGCUAAUGCUGCUCCAGCAGUGCUAGCCCAGGUUAACAGCAAGCUACAGUCCGAUAUACUCCCCUCUGAAUGACUAAAGAGCUAACUAGUGCUGUUAGCUGGUAAUGCUAAUGCUGCUCCAGCAGUGUUAGCCUGGGUUAGCAGCAGGCUACAGUCUAAUAAUACUCACCUCCGAACGGCCAAAGAGCUAGCACUUAGCACUGUUAGCAGCUAAUGCUAAUACUGCUGGAGAACUAAACUAUGAGGCUGUAUCUCAGUGUGUGUGAGUGGCUUUACUGCUUCUUACAAACUGACUGGUAAAAUUCAUACAUAAUGUGCACUGGAUUAUAAGGCGUACUGAUGAUUUUUAGGAAAAAAUUAAAAAUAAAUUAAAUUUUAUGUGUGCCUUAUAGUGCGAAAAAUACGGUACACCUCGAGUAGACUAAGUGACUUUAAAAAAAAAGGAAAAAUAAGUUAGAAGUACGUUGAAUGUUCUUAUAAAAAGUCUGACAUGAGUGCAAAAAAUACAAAAUGCAGAUAUUUGAACUAGAUUUAAAAGGAUUGUAUUUUUGGUAAAAUUUCAGUUUUUGCAGUGUAGAAAUGAAGGCAGUCUGGAUAGUGCUGCAUUCCAUUUACCUCAGAAGUCAGGAGUCGGAUGUUGGAGUUUGGAGCUUUGCGUCAAAGCUGAGUUGAGGCUGUUUCAAUUAAACAUUUGAGAUCAAUUUAAACACUAUCAAUUCCACUUUAGGAAAAACAUUAAUCUAAAGACUAAAGAAUGUAGAAGUGCUGUAGGGUUCGUGCUGCAGAUAAAACUACUAAACUAAAACUAGCUUCUUUUAACAGUGUAUUAUUUGCUUCUACAGCUUUGUUCCAGUAAUUUAACCAAUCAUAUGCUUAAAUUAAUGUUUUACGUUCCAUAUAACUAGUUUUGAUCUGAUUUCUAGAACAAAAUGUUGAUAAUAGGAUGGAAAUUGUUACAGUUCAUUUUUUUUAUCCUUAAGAAAUAUGAAGCAAAUAUAAAAGAGCUGCUCACUGAAUUGAUCUGAAUCAAUUUUAAAAUUGGUAUCAGUACUCACAUUUUUAGCUUUUUUAGCCUUGAUCUCCAUUCACUCCCAUUCUUUUAGGACUAACUGGCAGACUCCCUCUAGUGUUUCCCAGUCAUUUACUGAUAUAACAGGAGAAAUAGAAAUUGGAGAGGCUCUGGUAAUACAGCUUUUUUUUACUACUGUUACCAACUGUUAAUGUGCUUGGCGGCCAUCUUGAAUUUUUGACUCAGGUUUGGCAAGGCUCUUCCAAUUCUUCCAACUCUUUCCGACUGAGAAAUCUGACUAUUUUUGGGAUUCCAGUUAAAAAUUUCCUUCUAAAUCCCACAUUAAAUCCUUUUUGAGUUGAGUUUGUAAUGGAAUGCAGCAUAUGCAGCAUUAUGAAUGGCUCGGAGGUUGACUGGUGGGGCAUUGUGGGAAAUGUAGUUUUUUUUUUUAAAGUUAUUAAGCCUUACGUCUGUCCACAUCUGCCGCUAACCAAAUAUUCUCUCACAGGCCUUCGGAUUUUUUAAAAGCUGUGAAAAGAAAAGUGUAUUUUUUUUUGUCUGAGGGAAGGAUCUGAGAUGUGAGGGGAAUGAAACUGGAUUGUGAAUGUGUAAUUACAAUGUAAUUAAGUCACGUGAUGCUGGAUGAAGCUGUGAGUGAGAUUUGAGUGAGUUUUUAUGGAGGUUUGGCUUGUGGUUCCUGUGAAUGGAGGGUGUGAAGGAGGAGGUUAGCACAUAUACAGCGCACGACGUCCAAACAGCAUGUCCUUUUCGUUGCCUUUUUCGUUCAUUUUUUUUCCUUUUUUUUUUUUCAGCGGAUCUGUGGUUUUGACUUGCAGGGUUUCACCACUUUGACUGGAAUCACAGUGAACGACCGCUAAAGAUACUGUAACUUUCUGUACACUUCUAGACAAUGCAUCAGUGACACAAAACGAAACACGUCCUAGUAUUUUGGAUUGUAGUAUUGUAAAAAAAAAAAUGAUUGUUUGUUAUUUGCACAGGCAUGCUGUUCUGUUUGGUUUAUGGGUUUGGGAGGGGACAGGGUGGGCUGGGGAGGGGUCUGGUUAUGUAGUAUGAUAACACGUGGGCUUAUACAGGUAUGAGCAUAUGAUAUACGUUCUCUGACUAUCAACACAGAGCAAAGCUAGUGGUUCGUUAGCAUUGCGCUAACACACCCACCAGAGCCAUCUCAGCUCAGUUCCUCAGCUCAGAUUCAUGGCAAAGAAUGCCAGAAAAUGCAACGAUUAGCCCACACAUCCGUAGCUGUGUUGUUAAGCAGCUGCAGGGCUAGCGUUAUCAUUAGCAUUAGGAUUAUCUGUUGACCACACACACACACACAGACACAUACAUAUAGAGAAUGUCUUCAAAAUAGCUACCUAUCCUUUGUUUACUCUUAAUAUUAGGAAGCAAAAUGAAACGUUGAUGAAAUGCUGUUGUACUGCAUGCAUAGAUAAAAAAAAAAAACAUACUAAUAUACAGUGAAUCAGUAAUCAGUAAAUGAUGGACUCGUCUCGUUGAUUUUUGACUCGUGCAAUCUCUCGGCCAGUCCCGGUAUCGUAUAUAAUCAGAUGGUGUAAGAAAUAUGAAAUGGUAGGAGAGAGUUACUUAAUAUAUAUAUAAAUACAGGCCAAGUGUCAGGAGAAAAACACGAGUAACGCCAGCAAUAAUCAAAAGGAGAAACGAAUAAGUGUUAAUAAGAAUUAAACAAGGGUAAAAAGGUACCGAAUGAUUAAUACUGUAUAACGCCAAUCGUAUUGUAGCUCGUUUUUUUCCUUUCCAGUAACUAUCUUUCUUUUUAUUUUGUCUUUUUAAUGCAGUACCAUGUAUAUUUCCCAUUUGAUUUUAGUGUGAAAGUGUAUGCUACAGUGGGCAUGGCGAGCCCCUGCCUCAGCAAUCAUAUAGCAUGGCCACGACAUGUCCUAGCAGCAGUCGAGUCUUACUUGAAAGUGUUGCUCUUCAAUAAAUUUGAGGGCUUGGAAAAUUC